AUGAAGCACUCCGAGCGGUCAGUCUGCAACGAGAGUCAACGAGCCAGUCUGCUAAGGCAGCCAGUCAGCGGUCAAGCCACGCAGUCACGCAAGCAGUCGAAAACAGGGAGGCAACCUGAGGUCGAAGUUGGAGAGCCCGACUCAAAGGAGCUACCGGCGACAGGUGGAGGCAUUACUACAAUCCGUAUUCCUAUUCUGGGUUUUGACACCGUCUUGGAUGAUCCUUGUUACACAUCAUCAUUGAAUUUUCCAGUAUCUGUUGAAACACUUGAGGCGUGACCUUAUUUCUCCUUAUGGCUGCCUUAGAUAUAGCAAAUGAUGGCAGCUGUCAUUUAGACGUCUGUGACAUAUAAUGCAUUUUGGAGUUUGACCAGAUCAUUGUCACAUCAUGACUCCUCUAAUGAUAUCAUCUGAAGUUCAGAAUUAUGCAUUUUUAGUUGAGCUUCCUGUUGACACCGUGUUCUCUGAAAAUGAAGACAUUCAAACAAUACAAAUUGAUGAAUCUCUCUCGGCUGCAAAUCUUGAUAGUGCCAUACAGCCAAUGAUAAUUGCUUCAACAGAUUCUCAGGGAAACUGCUUUGUUACUCUGCAAGAUGAACAGACUUUCAAUUCAUCCACUUGGACUGCCCAAAAUGAAAUAGUAGGAUCUGAAGAGACAUUAACACGAGGCAUCUUCACAUCAUUAGCUGCAACUCAGCGUCCAGCAGUACCAUCUCCUCCAGCAAUUGGUACAACAGUGCCAAUAAAAACACCUGCUGUGCGGUCAAAAACAACAACAGCAACAACAAGAGCAAUAAUAAAUCCAUCAGCAAUAGGUAUUGCAGCGGCCUCUGCAACAACACCAACAAUGACUAUACCCACUUCAACAACCACUGUGACAAUACCUGUAACAAUACCUGCAACACUCACUGCUGCAUCAACGAUUACCACAGCUACUACCACUCCACCAACUAUUAGGAAAAUUCCCAUGACUUACCGUGCAAAGACUGAUAUUCUACCUCUUGUAAAUGCAACAGAAGUGCCAAAUGUGACAAAGAUAGUCAAUAACAGGAACUCGGUUGGAAUACGGUCAUUUAUGAGGUGUGGUAGAAGUCGAAUGAUAGCUGAUCACUUAACCAGCAUACCAGUUUCAGAAUUCAAAUCACAGCUCAAUGACACAUCAGAUAUCAUUGGUAAAUUAGAUGUAGCCCCUCCUACAAAAAGGCUAAUGAAUCUUUUGCAGUGGAAGGGAAUUGGGAAACUGUUUGCAUCUCCAGGUCACAAAUUUAUGUCUGAAAAGUUGAUGAGAUUAUUCACACGACAUUUGCGAACAAAAUUAUUACCAUCAGAAGAGACCUUUAGUGAUAUGGAGCUACUACCAGUUGGCUACAAACCAGAAGUGGAUCCUACAAAAAUUAAACGAAUUACUCGUCGCCGAAGGUAUCCAGAAGCAGAAGAAUAUCAACGUAGAAUGUUUCAAGAACAAAUGAAACAAACCUUGGAGACUCUUGUAGCAAAUGGUCAAACACAUAUACAAACAGUCUACUUAGAUGGAUCAGAUGCUUUUAAGGAUCCUACGCCUGAAACAUUGCAAGUUUUAAUUGAAUCUAAUGAAAACGAUUCAUUUCUGCAAAAUGAUCCUAGUAAAGUUGUAGGUGUGUUUGGAAAUGAAACAACUAAUGACAGCUCAAUAAUUGUCAUUCACAAUAGUCAAGACACUGACCAGGCAUCUGCAUUUUCACAACAGAAUAUAGAAGUUUUACUGGCAGCAGCUGGAGAAAGUGGACUGAGCAGUGAUGGUUUUCAUCAGGUUUUUAUCUGCAAUACCGAAAAUGAUUCAGAAUCUGUGUUGCCAUGUGCUAGUUCGAUUAUUAUUGUGCCUAAUGAUCCACUGUCUGAUGCAAUAACAGAAACAGUGGUAUCAUCGUAACUGUAAAGUAUGAAUCACGGGUGUUCAUGGAAACUCUUGGAAAUUCCAUUCACCUUGUAACAUGUUAUUAAGCAAUUUGAGCAAAAUUAUAGAGGACUUGCACCCCUAGACUUUGGCAAAAUUGCAUUCCAUGGAACACCUGUGAUUAAGUAUGUAACUUUUACCUAUAUGUAAACAUUUUGAAAUUUUUAUUUGUAAAUACUUGCACAUGAAAUUACAAGAAAUGUGCUAAUUAAGAAAUUGGUUCUAAGGUUUUGGAAUGAUGAUAUACAGGGUAUAUCAUUUUACCUGUACACCGAAAUGAUUGGACAGACGACAGUACAUAACCAAUAUUACAUAUUGCUAGUAGAAGACUAGUGUGGAGGGAGGGAAGGUAGACUGUCUAUCCAUUGAAGCUAAAAUGCUACGAAAAAAUUAAUAUAGUACUGGUAUGUAUUAUUUUCUACAGAACAUAUUCUUCAAGUCUUAGUCUGUUUACAAAGUGGAAAGCAUAUAACAUUGUGCUGAGACAGCACCUUGUUGACAAGUACACGAGAAACAGAAACAGAGACAUCGCAGGUAAAUCCUGAAGUGAGGGCCGCCUUGCAGGGUUGUAAACCACAUCACUGCUGGUGUGGACAUAUCUGUCUCGAACAGUGUGUUUUAGAACAUUGUGAUUCAUCACUGGGCGUAGGUGUUGUAAACAUAUUUGUAUUAUACAUUAGUUUUUCAAUUCGUUUGGUUAAUUAAAUUUUUUUCAAGAGGCAAUGUUGCCCUGUUUGUGAUUAACAGUGUAGAUAGCAAGAACCUUAUAAAUACACCAUACACUCAGUCUAUUUAAAUUUUCUUAUAUAUCAAAUGAAUGAAUUGAAUUAUAGGAUUGUAUGUAUUUGUAAUUUUACAAACAGUUCAUAUUUUGUUAUAGAUCAUCAUAAAUGAGAUUUUUGUCAUGAGAUGAGGGAUUGUUGUUAUAGUAGCUCUACAUUAAAUUUCAUUUAAUAGAAAAGACUCUUUAUAUUAUAAUUUGAAUUACAUAUCAAGAGUAAAUAAAUCUUAUAAGCCCGGACUUCGUUCUAGUGCUGUUAAAAGUUUAUACAUUUAGAUAAUUUGAGAUUUUGUGCAGAUUCACAAGUUGGUAAAUUCGGUUUCAGAGAGUGCAAUCAUCGUAUGUGCAAUCAUUUAUCUUUCUAGCUUUAAAUGUUGUGUAUGGUGGACUGCAUCUAUUUCUUAUAUUAAUUUGAGACCAAAUUUAAUAAAGUACAUUAAUUUGUAUUUUACCAAAGAAUUUUAUGAAGAAAUAAUGUAUGUUUUAAACUAAUGAAUUUCUAUGAUUUUCAAUGUCUUUACUAUGGAUAACAUAAUUGUAUGUUAAUUACAACUUCGAAAAAUUUAUGUCUCGGUGCUGCUGUCUACCAAUUUGAUUUUGCCACCCCACAUCACUGGGGGUGACAUACUGAUUUCAAACAUCAAAUGAGCAGUUGUAUAUCUUGCGACACACCAAGCGAAUUCGCAUAAGAGUACAGUAAAACCUGUUCGAAUGGUCACAUCAAUUAAGUGGUCACUUUUGCAAAUGGCUAUUUUUUCUUAGAAUCGAUUGAUUUGUGCAUAAGACUUGUAAGCAUCCAUCGUCCAACCGUUACCAUACACUACUGACUGAUUAGAUGUUAUUGCUGGCUCCUUAUAACAAUAAAAACUGGGGACAACUCUUGAGGAAAGGCAAAUAAAUUUCUGUAAUCAAGCCCAGCAGACGUGAUUGUGGAUGACCUGUUGUCGAUUUUCUAGUACUCAUUUAAUUGCACUCUUUCAGUUUUGAAUAUUUUCUCCAUAAUUUAAUGAAGAUCCGAUUCAAUUCAUAUACCAUGGAUGAAACAAUAUUUCUGUUUAUUAUAACAAUUUAUGCAUCGUAACUUUUAAUUUAUGUAUGUAUAUUUUUUUAAAUAUUUUAAUGUUUUGGUGUCAUAGUUUGACUGAAUAAAGUGAAUUAUUUCUGUUAAUAAUGAAAAAUAAAAAAAUAAAAAUAUCAGCUUUACGUUACACUAAAUUAACCCCCAAAUCCUAUAUAACGCAGUGUAACGUUGCCUCUACCUCCACCCCCUUUAUUGUUACUUACUUUGUGGAUAGCCACUAUACUCUGACGCACACACCGCAAUAUUUUGCUGGCGGUGACGAAUAGAUCCCCGUGUACCCAUCCUGGACGUUAUCCAUGCGGUCACAAACACAUGAUUCUUGACAAAAUCCCUGAAGAAGAAAUCUAGAGGCCUGUGGUCUGGUGAUCAUGGUGGCUGGGUAGCAGGCCAUUACAAUCAUUCUACCGACGUGUGAAGUACACAGAUCACUGCACAUCAAAGAGGUAGUUUUCGACACCUCUAGUACCUGGGCUUGGCAUGCCGCGCCCCCUGACCUUUUCCAGUUACAGCCUGAUGUUAAAGUUUCUUUACACUGUAGUCAGUCGUGUUUAGGGCUUGUAGCUGUUAACCCUAAUAAUAUCAAUGUUGGUCCCUCUACAUGUGGUGCAUAUGCUGCUACCUACCGCAAAUGGUAAAAUGAUGCAUCCUGUAUAAAUAGAGAAUGUUCUUUUUGAGGGCAAAGAAUGCAAAUUGAGGAGGCAAAAAUAUAAGGAAACAUUUUAUUUAAAGUGUUUCGUCCAAUUUUAGAAAAUCAGAAUGCCUUUUCUUCAAAAGAUUGUUGUGAAGCUGUGUUUGUAGCUUGUGUGCAUCACAGGUAUUGUCUACGUUAAUAGCUAGUCCACUAUUUGGAUUUUUUUAGGUUUUUAUGUUCCUGGUGAACAUAUUUCAGAUUGUUUGCAUUUAUAAAAAAAUAAUUUAAUAUCGGAAUAAUAUAUAAUAUGAAAUUAUGUUGCAUUCACAUCUAGUCAUAGAGGUAGACCGAAAAUUAAUUGCUUGCAAAAUAAGGUCCUGAACUUCAUCUCCUGAGCCCAAAUUCAAAAAUAAUUCAAUGGCAUUGUUAACAAAUACUAGUAAAAGAUAACUUCAUUAAGUGGGAUGAACAAUUUAUAGUUUUGUAGAACAAUUAUAAGUAGAACUUGAACUCGUAAUCACCAUUACAGACGAGGAGUCAAACUUACUCCACUAGCUUCUUUGGAGAUUUAUUUGUUUCUGAUUUACUUAUUCAAAUUACUUAUGUAUCACAUUGUGAAAAUAAUAUUAUUAAU